UUUUUUUCAAAGAGGAAAUCGAAGAUUAUUUUCAGAAAACCAAUAGGCAAUUUUCAAAACAAAACUCGCGGUUUAAAGUUCUCGCAGUAAUUUUCAGGAGUGAUUUCGAAGUCAUUCCAUAGCUUCUUUAUUAAAUUUUAUUUUAUCUCUCUAAAUUAUUUAAUGCUGAAGGUCUGAAGAUUUCUUAAUUUUUAAUUUGUAAAUUUUAUCCUGAGAUUUCAAAGGGAAAGUUUCCUAUUUUAAAUUCAAUUUGGGUUUCAAGAGAAAAAAAUAGUAGAGCAGAUAAAUAUUCCCUUUGUUUUGAGUCACACAGUUUCGAUUUGUAGAAAUUUAGUUAAAAAAAUGAUGAAAUUCGGAGGUUGAUGAGUUCUGGAGACAGAAUAUCGUGGUUCAGUUCCAGGUAAAUUGAAAGGGAUUCAAUAGAAUGGAGAACAUUUUUUGUAGGGCCAGGGAAGGGAGGCAGAACGUCUGUUAUAGGAUCGAUAUGUAAUUUGGUGUUCAGAACAGUGAUAAAGAGGAUUGAAGUACUGUCGUUGUACGUGUAAAUACUCUGUGAUUGAUUAACAUCCCAUGGGAAUGAUUGAUUUCUGCCAUCAAAUAUUGUUUCACUGCGAAAAGAACAUGUGCAAUUAUUUGCACAAAAAAUAAAUUCAAUUCCUCGUACUCGUCCUCCGUCCUUCACAGUCAUUGCAAACGUCUAAUAAUCGCUAAUAAUGGAAUUCUGAUUUUUUUAUCACUGAACUUCUCCAAUUACCAUCACCUCAGUUCCAUAAAUCCAGAGAAAGCAUCUUGAAUAUGAUCUACAUGAAAUUUUCCCCAACAAUAUGAAUAUGAAAUUCACCGGAUGCAUUUAAUUUCCUUCCUCCCCAUUUCCCUCUGUUUAAUUUACAUGUAUACACUGAAUCAGCCCAAACAUUCCCACAAAAUUUGUCUCCAAGUUUCGUCUCUCUUCGGACAGAUGCAACUGUGAAAAAGAUAGUUGGGGAUUGCAUUCUAAAAAUAUCGAAUUCCCCGGAAAUACAAAAUUACAACAGUCUACAUUCGCGGUUUACAAUAUUAACAGUAGUUUGUUAUGUUCGAGUAGGCGGUGCUGGAACGAUCCAAGGCAGAUCGAGGGACGCGGGGUGAUGAAGAUCGUCGACGCCGCACCAUUAUCGUUGAGAAAAAAAAUGGAACGUAUGGUUUUACAUUACAGAGCUAUGGAAUUCACUACAAAAGGGAACAAGAAAUCGAGAUGGUGACGUACGUCGAUUACGUGGAGUACGAUGGACCCGCGUUCAAAGCAGGGAUGCGUGAGGGAGACGUAAUUCUUUCGAUAAACGGUCACGAGAUGGAUCGGGCUGACCACAAGACCCUGGUGAAUUUCAUAAAAAAUUGUGACUCCCGAAUGCGAAUGGUCGUCUCCUUCGAGGAUUGCGUCAGAAAGGUAGAGCUCCACAUGCGUUACAUCGAGCUUCAGCGUGCCCUGCAGACACGUCUUUCCGAAUUAGAACGUCUCUGCGAGCGUGAAAAAUCGAUACUGAUGGGCAGAUGGAAGACACAUUCACUGCCAGCGAGAAAACGCACUCCUAAUUGCGGAGUAAGUGAUCAAAUUCCUGGUUCAGGAAUUUCGUCGUUAAAUACAUCGGCUGUGCAGUGUUGCCGACCAGCAACAUCAACGGAGCAUCUUCUAUUAUACAGCGUUUACGCAGACGGUCGUCCGUGCCUUAUACCUCGUAGCACAGCAUGCCUAGUCGCCGUGGGCCCACCCCGGUCCCGUAGCGACCACCACCAUUUUCUCUCGAAGGCCUCAAACGACUCGACAAUCUCCUCCCGUCACAGCUAUCACCAGGCCAACGGCUCCUCGACCCCAGCCAAAUCCAAGGCUUCCCACAAGGCACCAUCUCCAUCCUGCACCUCCAAAGACACAAGCACUCAUCAUCCCCCAUCUCACACGAGCAACAGUCUCUGCGUCGCCUGCAUCUCCAGUGCCAAUCGCCGAAGAGACCCCGCAGACGGUGGUAGCCUAGAUGUAUACGACCUAGCAAGCCCUUGCUGCGAUCCUAACUGUGUUCCGAGCAGACGAAGACGAGAGAAGCAACGAAGAGCAAGGAAUGAAGCACAACAGCAGGCUCAGCAGCAGAGUCAACAGGCCCAGCACCACAAUCAGGAGCAGAACCAAGGAUCCCAGCACACCGGACACCCUUGUCCUCGAGCCUCGGGUCACAGUCUCCAUUCGAUAACAUCGAGUGAUGUGUCCACAACUAUUGAGAGUGUUGCCUCGUGCUCCACGUCUUUGAGUACGGAUACUCUGUACUGGGAUCCAAACGUCCAGCACCGACCACCUGCCUGCAUUCAAUACGCAAAGCCUAAAUCAUGGGACAAUCUCACGACCAAGGCCUUUGGAGGGUAUGGCUUUGGGUAUGGAUACCUGGACACUGCCUCCAUCAAGACACACAGCGCCGAGAGGCCGGGGAAGAGCCACAGCAGAGCUAAGACACCCACCUCCUCCAGUCAGAGGAGGUCUGGGGCUUCUGGGUACUCGGGAAACUCCACUGGAGCCUCCAACAGACAUUUUCAACCCACCAAAUCCACCGAGAGCUUGCUCGUGCAGAGCCCGUAUCAGAGUGAAGUUGACUCCUCGAGCCUCAGCUGUGAGUGUCUUGAUGGCAAUGGGAGAUUUUUGCAUAAGAGACAGGAAGAGGGUGGAUAUGCUGGGGGGAGUGGGCAUCAUCAGACGAGGAACCGGAGGAGCAGCCAUGGCGAUGGCAAACUCAGGGCGCCUACUAAUGCGGGGUCUGAGGUCACCAGAUUGUAAUGAGUAGAUGUCGAAUGUUUAAUAAAUUGUGUACUUCGUUCUA